AUAGAAUUGAUCAGGCUGCCCGCUUGUGCCCUGCCCCCGGGAAUGGGCUGCUUUGUGCGUGACUGGCCGAAAAACAGGGAUCCAUGAUGCGGCGACGCAGUGGCCGAAGGCUGUUCCAUCUCUUCGGCAUCGCAGCACUCACACGCAGCAGCAGAGCACUCCUUGCCAUUCCGACCGCACGACGACGGGCCGCACCAUUGAUGGCGGAGGGACGGGGCGUCGACCACUUGAGCGCUGCGCUUGAAGAGGGAGAUUUAGUGCUCUAUCAAACCGGGCAAUGGGCCGUCGACGGCGUGACAAUUGGUGACGGUGAACCAGCACUUGCGUACGCCGUCGUCGAUACGUUGCAGCUCGUCUUCACGCACAACUGCGAACAUGGGUGGAUCUACGGCAGCGCGCUGGAACGCGACGACUCUGACGGCUCGCUGCGGCCGCCGGACGGCGACGCGUUCGUCCAGCUAGGGCCGGAGCAGCUACUUGCUCGCUUGGACGGCGACGCGCUCGGCGACGGCGUCUCCUACGAGCUCGGAGACGCGGGGCGGCGGGCGGUGGAGGAGGCGCGCGUGCGACUGGCUAGUUGGGGGGAUUAG